AUGGCUGAGCCAAAAGAGCCAAAAGCCAAGCAAUCUUUCCCUCCUGACGCUGUGACCCGCGAGUACGCCGAGUCACUCGAUGCAGCUGACCCUCUGCGUGCGUUUCGUGACAAGUUCAUAAUCCCGUCGAAAGAGAAUCUGAAGACCAAGAAACUGGCCAAGCCUGGUCUCUCACCAGAACCAUGCAUCUACUUCUGCGGGAAUUCCCUUGGUCUCCAGCCGCGAGCUACAAGUCAGUAUAUGGAGGCCUAUCUCGAUACCUGGUCGUCCAUCGGCGUCAUCGGCCACUUUCGAGAUCUCGAAGACUCCCCCCUCAAGCAGUGGCAGCUGCUCUCGGAGCAGGCUGCGGAGCAGAUGUCGCGUCUGGUCGGCGCUAAGCCUGCAGAAGUCGCUGUCAUGGGCACGCUGACUAUGAAUCUCCACCUCAUGCUUGCCAGCUUCUAUACUCCGUCGCAGACCAAGCACAAAAUCCUGCUGGACUGGAAAGCGUUCCCCAGCGAUCAUUACGCUAUUGAGUCGCAGAUCAAGUGGCAUGGACGCGACCCCAAUGAGUCGAUGGUGCUCAUCGGCCCCGAUGAAGAGGAGCACGUCAUUCCUACUUCCAAAAUCUUGUCGAUCAUCGACGAGCACGCUUCUGAUGCGGCCUUGCUGCUGCUGCCUGGUAUACAAUACUACAGCGGACAGCUGUUCGAUAUUGAGACGAUCACUCGCCAUGCUCAGUCCCGCGGCAUCGUAGUCGGAUGGGAUCUGGCGCAUGCGUAUGCAAACGUUGAACUCAAGCUGCACGACUGGAACGUCGAUUUUGCGGUCUGGUGCACGUACAAGUAUGGCAACGCCGGACCCGGUGCCAUCGCCGGCCUGUUCGUUCACGAAAAACACGGCACUGUCGACUACAGCCAGGGCGAGGACAAGCCCGUCUUUAGACCUCGUCUGACGGGAUGGUACGGAGGUGACCGGGCUGUUCGAUUCAAAAUGGACAACAAAUUCAAGCCAAUCCCCGGAGCGGGAGGUUUCCAGGUCUCUAACCCGUCAGCGGUGGAUCUGACCUGUCUUUGUGCUGCCCUCUCUGUAUUCAACAAAACUUCGAUGACUGAAAUUCGCAAGAAGUCUGUCCGCCUGACCGGGUACCUAGAGCACCUCUUGCUGGAGGGGACUACCGACGAGUCCCGUCCAUUUCGCAUCAUCACUCCGUCGGAUCCCAACGCGCGUGGCGCUCAACUGAGCCUCUUGCUCAAGCCCGGCCUGCUCAAUCAGGUGGCGCAGGCGCUGGAGGACGCCGGCAUCGUCUGUGACAAACGCGAGCCUGACGUCGUGAGAGUCGCCCCGGCGCCUUUGUACAACACUUUUACCGAGGUGUGGGAAUUUGUGAAGCAGUUCAAGGCGGCCUUGGCGAUGUGA